AUGAAGAAUACCGCUUGGUUAAAUCCCACGGCAUCGUUUUACGCUCCUGAUGUUUCCUCAAGUGUGCACGUGGUUACCAAAACAGGUUGUGGCGGCAACAUAACUUCACCAGCAGGAGAACUAACACAUUCCAGUUAUCCACUCGACAUCCAGGGUACAGUGCGAUGUACUUGGAAAAUCUCCCUCGAACAAGGAACACAAGUAUCACUAUUAUUCAACUUCCUUUCACUCGAUGCUAGUCUUGGUUGUACGAAGGAUUCCUUAGAGAUCUGGGAUGGCGAGGGAAGCUCAAAGACUUCGUUGAAAAGAUAUUGUGGUAGUCUUGAAAAACCCGAGAGGUUGGUGUCGAAGACGAACCAAGUUGACGUUGUGUUGCAAUCAAAUUCGUCGUCGUCUGGUAGAGGUUUUCUUGUCACUUAUAUGAAUUUCACAGGCUGCAGUCAAAAUGUCACAAGCCUCACUGGUUUGAUACAGACACCCCACUACCCUGAAGAUUAUCCAAAUAACAUCCAAUGCACAUACUCCAUAAGGGUACCAACUGACUAUCAAAUAGCGCUUUCGCUGGAAUUCCUCGAUCUGGCAUAUUCGGCUGGCUGCGGCCAAGAUGUCCUUGAGAUUUGGGACGAAGAGGACGAAUCCUCUGUCCCUAUUGGUCGGUACUGCGGAUAUCUGUUUGGCCAAUGGGUGCGCUCCAAAGGCAGUGAUUUGACACUAAAGUUCAAGUCUGAUACUUCGAAAACUCGUCGUGGGUUUCAGCUUAAAUACUACGCAAUCAAAUCAGUUUGUAAUUCUACCCACAAUGCAACACAAGGGUCAAUCGCUUCACCUGAACAAGCAAACUCCACUUGCUAUUGGACAAUCAACAGCCAACCAGGACACGUGAUAUCCCUGCGCUUUGUUCGGUUUUUCCUCAAGUAUUCAGAAGGGUGCACACUUGAUUACCUCGUGAUCAGAGAAGGAGAGUACGUGAUUGSUCGAUAUUGUGGCUAUCAAAAAGGGGAAUUUCUCUACUCGAAGACCAAUUCCAUCACCUUGGAAUAUGUGGCUAAAAGUGUCGCCGAUGAAGUCGGGUUUCAAAUUCAGUACGAAGCUCUUGUCCCUCCAGACUGCGGUGGGUAUUUGAAUAGUUCAAGAGGCUCUUUCCAGUCUCCUCUCUUCCCAGACAACUAUCCAGGGAACGUGGGAUGCGCAUGGCAAAUAGAGCAGUUACCUGGUCAAGUGAUCGAUCUCGUGUUGGACGACUUUGACCUCGAGUUCUCGAUCAAUUGCACGAAAGACUAUCUCGAGGUGUUUGACGGUCCAGACAAUGUUUCUGUAUCCCUUGGGAGGUACUGUGGGGCUAAAAGACCCGAUAGUCACGUGACGUCUUCUGGUAACAUGGUAUUCGUGGUGUUCGUAGCUGAUGGUAGUAGAUCAAGUAAAGGGUUUACUGUCAGCUAUACAGGCAUCAAAUCAGAUUGUCCACAAAACCUUACAAACACCACUGGAAAGUUCGAGUCUCCGAACUAUCCCGAUUUUUACCCGAAAAACUACGACUGUUACUGGCAGAUCUCGUAUGCUCUCGGCUAUCAGAUCUACCUUACGUUCAAAUACUUUGACCUAGAGUAUACACCAAAUUGUAUGGGAGAUUACGUUGAGAUCCAAGACGGUACUUUUGAGAACGCCACCUCGAGGGGAAAGUUCUGUGGGUACCUGGUUAAGAGGUAUCCUCUGGUAUCGAUCAAGAAUAAUUUACUUAUCAAGUUUCAUACAGACGAUGAGCGUGCGAGCAGAGGUUUUGCGUUCACGUACGAAGUUGAUGGUACAGACUACCCACCCCCACCGCGCACCCCAACGUCAAAUGAAAUCAAACAAGCCGUCGAAAUGGUGUUUUACAACCUGACCACCUCCGAGGUGAGAAAAUCUAAACGAAAGGACGACAAUGCGACUGUAUAUGAUAAACGUUAACAAGGGCCUUCUGCCAAAUACCAAAUACUGAAAAAAUACUCAUCAGUCAAUAGGGUAGGGUAGAAUAGAUUAGAGUCGGGUACAGGGCAGAGUACGGCAGAUCAGUAUAGGUAGGGAAGGGCACGUAGUGUAGGUAGGGCAGGGUAGUGUAGAUUUGGGUAAGUUAGAAUAAGGGAGGGUAGGGUAGGCACUACGGGAAGGGCAGGGUAGGUUAGUGUAGGUCAGAAUAAGGUAGGGCAAGGUAGUGUAGAAUAUGGUAGGAUAAAAUAAAGCAAGGAAAGACGGGCAGGGCAG